UACAAAUUAAAGGCAUGUCCCUCAUCGGCUUCCCUAGAUGUGUCGGACUGUUGGCUAAGCUAGCUAAUGUUUGGAUGUUAGCUACCUUUUAAAGUUGGCCAAAGGAGCCAAAUAAAGACCCAAAACAGCAACAAUAAGGCGACGUAAGCUCGGUUGGACAAUAUGGUUGUGAAUCUCUGUCUGCCACACUUUUAUGCGACAGUUCAUUGCAACAAGCUCUGUGCAGAUGGCUAUGAUGUCACAAACCUCGUGUCAGCCGACCCUGCUCUCCGGAGGCAGGGCUUCAAGCUGGAGUACUUCCUACGACCACCUGUACAGGUGACGCUGAAGUUUGGUUUCAAAGUGGAGCUGUACAGGGUGGAUGUGGAGCUUUGGCCCUGGGGUAUGGACAAAGGACAAGCCUGCAAGAGACUGGAGAUCAGCACCAGCUCUGAUUCGACACCCACACAGAAUUUGGACCAAGGCAACAAACGGGUUCAGCAGAAACAAAUGCAGGUAAAGGACCAGAAACAGGACCAGAAACAGUGCAGAGAUAAACAGCAGGGGCAUGGCAGUAAAUCUCGUCAGAGUAAUGGACACCAGUGGAGACAUCAGGCCCAGCAGUGGUGUGGAGAGGCUCCGGAUGAGCCUCAACAAAGAAGCUAUGCGUUCAAGUCAAACACUGAAUCCAGUAAUCCUGAACUAGAGUUUAAGCUGAUAGGCCGCUGCGAACUCAGGGAGGAAACCCAAGUCUGUUUCACACGUUCAAAUGUCAGGCCCCGGCCCCCGUUCCUCUCCUCACUCCCCCCACAACCUGCGAACAGUCGCCAAGAGGAUCUGUGGAGUCGGGGUCUGCUCUCAUUGGGCGCUGUGACACAACUCCGCGUGACUUUGCCAUUUGGCGGUUCAGCAUCUGCUCUGGGGCUCAAGACUUUGGCUGUGUGGGGGCAACCUGCUCGCUGCUGUCCUGCAGAAGAAGUGGCGAGAAUUAAAAAAGUCCAUGAGGACAGCCAAAGACAGCUGCCAAGACCUUCGUUCUUUACCCCUUCUGCCAGCCAGAUGAAACCACUACUGCAAGCAGAUACACCUCCAAGCCAUCUUUCCAUCCCAGAAGAGUUCCAUGACCGGAUAACCCAGGAGGUCAUGAUGCUGCCCAUGCUGCUGCCCAGUGGCGUGUCCGUGGACCACAGCACGCUGGAGGAGCACCAGAAGAGGGAAGCCACCUGGGGUCGACCCCCAAACGACCCCUUCACUGGCGUCCCGUUUACUUCCACCUCCCAGCCUCUUCCUAACCCCCAUCUGAAAAGCCGCAUUGACCACUUCCUCCUGCAAAACAGUAUGAUAAGGAGGGAGGGGAUGUUGGGGAGACAAGGGGAGGGAGAGCAUCCACAGGCCUCGAGACUUUUAGACUCCAAGGUCGAAGGACAGUCCCAGGACUCUCAAAGUCUCAGUGACAGCUUGACAAACAACACUGCUUUUCACGAUAAUGCUUGCACCAGCAACACAAACAGGACUACUCAAGUAGAAGACACUGGAUUAAGUCAUUCAUCAGAUAAUGGGAAUCACAAAUUUGACACCCAGCCUCUUAACACGGAGAGGAAAUCGGAGAGAAGUAGGAAACGAAAUCUAGGUGGAGUUUCCGAAGAAUCCACAGAAGGUUUUCCAGCCGACAGGCAACUACUACAGCAGACAAAAAGACCAAGACAUGAUGUCGCUUCUGUUUCCAGCUCUCAUGAGCAGCGUUUGUCAGCCAGCCUGGAUGAGGCCCUCUUCUCCGCCCUGCAGGGCAGACCCUCCUUCACCUCAAACCUGACUCAGCAGAAACGGGUUACACCUGAUUCUGAACCAGUGAACACAUCACAGCCGUGUCAGGCUGCCGGCCCCUCGAGCAUCCCACAAGGUGAGAAGACGUGCUCUGCGUGUUCCUGUUCGGUCUCUGGCUACUCCAAAUCUGCAUCCUCCAUCUACCGUCUUACCUGCGGCCACUUGCUCUGCCACUCCUGCCUGCGGAGGGAACCACAACCACCAAGCUCUGUCACCAUAUCAACUGCCAAUCACAUCUUGUGUUCAGCCUGCCAAAGCACUACCCCGCGCAGUGAGGUCAUACGCGUUCAUCACUAACAGAUGACGUGUAAAGGCAAAUCAACACAAUGAAGGUGAAACCAGCAUUAUACCUGAGAUUAAGUGUUUAAUGUUUCAGACAUGUUAAACGCAAGGUGGAAAAAACAGCAUUCACAGCUGAGAGCUACAGAUCCUGGAUAUUUCACUUUUUUGACGCCACCUUCAUCCCCCUCUUUGAUAUACAGCAUAUUUUCUCAGAUGUGUGUAACUGUAAUUUUGAUACUACUCUCAUUUUUUGUAUACAUUUGUAAUAUUUCUACAUUAUGAUUUUGAUUCACGUCUGAGUUUUUCAAAUCUGUUUAUAAUAUUCUUUUGACAUUUCUUGAACCCGCCACGUCACAAAUUCAACUUUGUAUUUAUGUCCACAGCUUAGAAAGAACAUCACUGAAAGCAAUGACCUUUACAAAUAUCUGCAGCAAAAGAAUGCUUAAAGAAACUUGUUCUCUUCUCUUCCGCCCCCCCCGUCUGUCUUAGCCUUUUCAUCCAGGGUUGAAGUGUCGUUGCAGCCUUGGUUCUGCAGACCUUGUACAAAACCUGGCCUUGUAGAUGUGUUGAGAAUGCACAAAGAAAAGGUUCUGGGACACAAGUAUUGGGAGCAAGAGGCCAGAAGAAUGAACGUGAAUUCAUAUCUACCCAAGGCCGUUUGGCCAUUAUGAAGAAUCACACAUGUCAUGCUCAUCCUUCCCCUCUUUCCUUCACUCUAUUCACCAUUUUACAUUCCCUUAACUCUGGUAUAUUGUUCUUGUCUUAACAGAAAUAAAGGCAGAAAAUGUAAAUGACUUCUUGGUGUUGGUUCUGUUAAAAUAUAUAUCUUCAUUAUAAUUAAAAUGUCUCCAUAUAUCUCCAAUAAAAUUAUGGUUCUAGUUGUA